AUGGCAGAAAUUACCAAAAGGCUAUUCAACAUAUUAGAUUUAACUGGACAAAAAUUCUUAGAAUGGAAAGAAGAUGCCAUCAUGAACUUAGAAGCUCAAGAACUUGAACAUACUGUAUUGGAAGUAAAAGAAAAGGAUCCAAUAGAUAAAACUCAAGCUACCAAAAUAAAGGUAGCUACAAAUCAAAAAAAGGCCAAAGCCUUAGUCCUCUUGAGGCAUCAUAUUCAUGAUAGCCUUAAAUCUGAAUAUUUAUUUAUAAAAGAUCCCAAAACAUUAUGGGACUCUCUUGUUGAAAGAUUUGAUCACCACAAAAGGGUGCUUCUUCCACAAGCUAGCCAUGAGUGGAAGAAUUUAAGAUUUUCUGAUUUUAAGACUCUCAGUGAGUACAAUACAACAUUAUACCGAAUUGCAUCAAUGUUGAAAUAUUGUGCGCACCCGGUGACUGAUGCAGAAUUGAUUGAACUCACAUUAUCUACUUUUCAUCCAUCAAACAUUAUUCUGAAACAAUAUAGAGAAAGAAAUUUCAAAAGAUAUUCAGAUUUGAGUGUAGUACUCUCAUUGGCUGAACAGCACAAUGAUCUCGUCUAG